CGGGCGCCAUGGCCGAUGCGCUUUGGCGCCUGUUGCUCCUCCAAGUUCUGGUGGCUGUGGCGAGUGGCAUGCCCUCCUGUAACAAGGACGAAUAUGCGAGUGGCAACCUCUGCUGCCGGAACUGCCCUGCAGGCUCCUUUGUCCUCCGUGCGUGUGAGAAGAACCACACCCAAGGCCAGUGUGAGCGGUGCCCACCAGGAACACACAUGACCCACUCUGGUGGGCUGUUUGCCUGCUUGCCGUGUCAGACAUGCCGCGAAGACCAGGAAAUGGUGAGAGAUUGCUCUCCGACUGUCAACCGGCAGUGCCAGUGCAAGAAGGACUCCUACGCCUCGCCAGAUGAACCCGAGAACUGCCUCCACUGCAGCAGGUGUAAGAACAACCAGGUGCUCCAAGAAUGCACGCCCACCAACGAUACCAAGUGUGCCAACGACACCCAAGAUCCGGCCAGUUCGGAGGUGAAUAAAGGAUCACAAUGGUGGAUCUCCAUGCUGGGCGUGCUGGGCGUGCUGAUUGUGCUGGGCGUGUUUGUGGCCCUGGCUUUCUGCUUAAAAAGAGGUGGCCUCGGGAACUUGACUGAGUUGCUCAAAAGAAAAUCACAAGACCCCAGAAGCUCCGUGUCCAGUGGCCUGGAGUCCAGCGAGGCACUGCUGUCCGUGAAGACGGAGGGCCACGAGCCAGUCCUGGGAGUGGACCAAGUGUCGAUGGAGGAGUCCUUGACCUUGACACCGGCUGCCGUGGCCCGUCCUGGGUCUGCCGACUCUGAGACCAGCCCUGUGCCCCAGACCAUGUCACUUGAGCAGGCCCCUCAGCCCCAGGCUGCUCUCGGGGAAUGCGUGGACCAGAGCAGGACAGCAGCCUCCUUGGAGCAGCUGGAGCAGGAAUUUGCCGAGAAAUACAUCAUGAAGCCAGGGCAAGAGAAUGCCAACUUUAAGAUCCAUAACUGCUUUGAAGAGGAAGUGGACCCGAAAGAUUGGAACAUGCUGAUGCGCUGCAUUGGACUGGAGGAAAAUGACAUUACCACCUGCGAGAUGGAGAACUCUGGCAACGUGAGGGAGCAGCACAUGAAGAUGCUGAUCACCUGGCGACAGAGGCUGGGCAGCAAGGCCACGGUGUUCCGCCUCAUGGCCGCCCUCUACAGGAUGAGGCUGGACAUGGCCCUGGAGAACUUCAUCAACAAGCUGGUCAACGAGGAGGUCCUGCUGAAGCGCGCCGACCAGCCGGCCACAGCCCCACGCGACGACCCAGGGCCCGAGAUGCCGCGGACACCAGUGGACGCUGCCCUCGGACCGCUACGCCCCGCGGCGCUCACCCCACUGCAAGCCGAGUGUUGACAUACGUGGACGGGGAG